GUCACUCUCGCCCUCUCGGCCCUCUCAGUCCAGACAGUAUCAUCCGCCAUCGUAGCUGGACCCGUCACAGACGCUGGCUGCUUCAACGCUGCUGCCGGUCUUGAGGACAAUGGAACCUUCAACUACCAAUCCAAAGGUCACUGCCAGCAGACAUGUAUCGGCGUUGGCGCUACCGUCAUGGCCAUGACCAACGGCGACGACUGUUGGUGUGGCUCCACCCUGCCAGCAAAGAGCAGUCUGCAGAGCGACGACUCCAAAUGUAGCAAAGCAUGCGUUGGAUAUCCCACUGAUAUUUGCGGUGCUGAUGGUUACUGGAGUGUCUACUACACAACCACCGACACCGACAUCGACUACUUUGGCGGCUCUUCUGGCUCAUCUAGNCUCCUCAAGCUCAUCUCUGCUGCCGCCUCGUCAUCAAGCGCUGCAGCUUCAUCCAUGAUCACAAGCACCACUUCUGCAAGCCCCACCCAGCUCAAGGCUACCGUCAUCACCAGCGUCGCCCCUGGCACGACCGUCAUCAUCACCCAAGUACCCACUUCCCAAGCCUCCAAGUCUGCCGACAACGACCAGGCCAAGAAGGGAGGCUCCAACACUGCUGGAAUUGCUGCCGGUGUCGUUGUUGGCAUAGUUGUCAUUGCUGCACUCUUUGGUGCUGCUUUCUUCUUUGGCGCCGCAAGCAACGUCGCGAGGCAGAAUCCGCAACUCAACGACUACUCAAGCCCCUCGUCCCAAAAACCCAUGAGCUUCAGACCCUCAACAGGACCCGAUUCCCGCAUCGAUCCUGAUGCCAUGGCACAAAGAAGAAUGAGUGAUGGUAGCAUUGCCGACAACGAGGAUUACUCGAGGAGAAUAUUGAAAGUCACCAAUGCU